CCAGCAAAGUUGGCUGCCCCCUCCCGCAGAAGGCAAGUUGCAACAUCUGCAAGGAGAGUUAGAACAAAGCCCCUUACUUUCUCUGUCUGGCCCAGCCUCUGUGUGCUUGGAUCGCUCUUCUCUCUCCAUUCUUGCUGGACCUUGGACCAGGGUCUCAGCAGCAGUGACGCUGGCCUCUGCUGGAAGCCUCGUGGGGAAGGCGGCUGCCAUCAGACCAUGGGGGACGUGAAACUGUUUGCCUCGUCACACAUGUCUAAAACCUCCCACAGUGUGGAUCCCUCGAAGGUCAGCUCCGUGACUCUCACCGAGGCCCCAGCUUUCAUUCUGCCCCCUCGGAACCUCUGCGUCAAAGAAGGAGCCACAGCCAAGUUCGAAGGGAGGGUCCGGGGCUACCCAGAGCCCCAGGUGACGUGGCACAGAAAAGGGCAAGCCAUCACCAAUGGUGGCCGCUUCCUGCUGGACUGUGGAGUGCGGGGGACUUUUAGCCUUGUCAUCCACACUGUCGGAGAGGAGGACAAGGGCCAAUACACCUGUGAAGCUAGCAAUGGCAGUGGCGCCCGCCAGGUGACCGUGGAGCUGACUGUGGAAGGGAAUUCUAUGAAGAAGCGUGAUCAGCCUGUUCUUUCUAAGGCCUCAGGAUUUCCAGGGGAGACUCGUCCUAGCAUCUGGGGUGAGUGCCCACCAAAGUUUGCCACCAAGCUGGGCAGAGCUGUGGUCAAAGAAGGGCAGAUGGGACGAUUCUCCUGCAAGAUCACUGGCCGGCCUCCACCACAGGUCACCUGGCUCAAGGGAAAUGUCCCGUUGCAGCCAAGUGCCCGCGUGUCAAUGUCAGAGAAGAAUGGCAUGCAGAUCCUGGAGAUCCAUGGGGUCACUCGGGAUGACCUGGGCGUGUACACCUGCAUGGUGGUGAAUGGGUCAGGGAAAGCCUCCAUGUCAGCGGAGCUCUCCAUCCCAGGUUUGGACAAUGCCGCUAGGUUGGCUGUGAGAGGAACCAAAGCCCCCAGUCCAGACAUCAGGAAGGAGGUGACCAAUGGAGUCUCCAAAGACCCAGAGACUGUGGCUGAAAGUAAGAACUGCCAAAGUCCCCAGAGGAGUGGCUCCUCAGCCCGGGCCACCAACAGUCACCUCAAGUCCCCGCAGGAGCCCAAGCCAAAGCUGUGUGAGGAUGCUUCCAGAAAGGUCCUGCAGUCCUCCAUCCUGCAGAAGUCCACCAGCACCAUCACUCUGCAGGCCUUGAAAGUCCAGCCAGAAGCGAGAGUACCGGCCAUAGGGUCCUUCUCUCCUGGGGAAGACAGGAAGAGUCUGGCUGCCCCUCAGCAAGCCACACUCCCUACCAGACAGUGUAGCCUGGGAGGCUCCGUUGGGAACAAGUUUGUUACCGGGAACAUCCCCAGAGAGAGCCAAAGGGAGUCAACAUUCCCCAAAUUUGAGAGUCAGCCCCAAAGCCAGGAAGUCACUGAAGGUCAGACAGUCAAGUUCAUCUGCGAGGUUUCAGGGAUACCAAAGCCUGACGUGGGCUGGUUCCUGGAAGGCAUCCCCGUGAGGAGACGGGAAGGCAUCACUGAGAUUUAUGAAGAUGGUGCAUCCCAUCACCUGUGCCUGCUGAGAGCCCGGACGAGAGACAGUGGGAGGUACAGCUGCACAGCAUCCAAUAGCCUUGGCCAGGUGUCCUGCAGCUGGAGCCUGCUGGUGGACCGGCCGAACUUGACACAGACAGCCCCUUCAUUCUCUAGUGUUCUGAAGGACAGUGUUGUCAUUGAGGGCCAGGAUUUUGUGCUACGGUGCUCUGUGCAGGGGACUCCAGCACCCCGGGUCACUUGGCUGCUCAAUGGACAGCCCAUCCAGUUUGCUCACUCCAUCUGUGAGGCAGGCGUGGCCGAGCUCCACAUCCAGGAUGCCCUGCCAGAGGACCGUGGCACCUACACCUGCCUGGCUGAGAAUGCCAUGGGGCAGGUGUCCUGCAGUGCCACUGUCACCGUCCAAGAGAAGAAAGGUGAAGGAGAGAGGGAACACCGUCUAUCCCCAGCUCGCAGCAAGCCCAUCGCACCCAUCUUCCUGCAGGGCCUCUCCGACCUCAAAGUCAUGGAUGGAAGCCAGGUCACUAUGACAGUCCAGGUGUCAGGGAACCCACCUCCGGAAGUCAUCUGGCUUCACGACGGGAAUGAGAUCCAGGAGUCUGAGGACUUCCACUUCGAGCAGAAGGGUGGCUGGCACAGCCUGUGUAUCCAGGAGGUGUUUCCGGAGGACACGGGCACGUACACCUGUGAGGCCUGGAACAGUGCCGGGGAGGUCCGCACCCGGGCCGUCCUCACCGUGCAAGAGCCUCAUGAUGGCACCCAGCCCUGGUUCAUCAGCAAGCCUCGUUCGGUGACAGCCACCCUGGGCCAGAGUGUCCUCAUCUCCUGCGCCAUAGCUGGAGACCCCUUUCCCACCGUGCACUGGCUCCGCGAUGGCAGAGCCCUCUCCAAGGACAGUGGCCACUUUGAGCUGCUCCAGAAUGAGGACGUGUUCACCCUGGUUCUAAAGAACGUGCAGCCCUGGCAUGCCGGCCAGUAUGAGAUCCUGCUCAAGAACCGGGUUGGCGAGUGUAGUUGCCAAGUGUCACUGAUGCUUCACAACAGUCCUUCCAGAGCCCCACCACGGGGGCGGGAGCCUGCCAGCUGCAAGGGCCUCUGUGGUGGUGGAGGAGUUGGUGCUCAUGGUGAUGGUGACCGUCAUGGGACCCUGAGGCCCUGCUGGCCAGCGAGAGGGCAAGGUUGGCCUGAGGAGGAAGACGGAGAAGACGUGAGGGGGCUGUUGAAGAGACGGGUGGAGACCAGGCUGCACACAGAAGAGGCCAUCCGCCAGCAGGAGGUGGGACAGCUGGAUUUUCGAGACCUCCUGGGAAAGAAGGUGAGCACCAAGACCGUCUCAGAAGACGACCUGAAGGACAUCCCAGCCGAGCAGAUGGAUUUCCGCGCCAACCUUCAGCGGCAAGUGAAGCCAAAGACUGUAUCCGAGGAAGAGAGGAAGGUGCAUAGCCCUCAGCAGGUUGACUUUCGGUCUGUCCUUGCCAAGAAGGGGACCCCUAAGACCCCCGUUCCUGAGAAGGCACCACCUCCAAAAGCUGUCACCCCAGACUUUCGCUCUGUGCUAGGGGGCAAGAAGAAGUCACCUUCAGAGAAUGGGGGCAACAGUACUGAGGUCUUGAAUGUCAAGGCUGGGGAAAGCCCCACACCUGCAGGCAAUGCACAGGCCAUCGGGGCCCUGAAACCCGUAGGCAACGCCAAGCCUGCUGAGACCCCGAAACCCAUAGGUAAUGCCAAGCCUGCCGAGACCCUGAAGCCUAUGGGCAACACCAAGCCUGCCGAGAGCCUGAAACCCAUAGCCAACGCACAGCCUUCAGGGUCCCUGAAACCUGUAACCAACGCACAACCUGCUGAGCCCCAGAAGCCUGUGGGCAAUGCCAAGUCUGCUGAGACCUCGAAACCAGCUGGGAAAGAAGAAGUCAAGGAGGUAAAGAAUGAUGUGAACUGUAAGAAAGGGCAGGUCGGAGCCACGGGCAAUGAAAAGCAACCUGAGAGCCAAGGCUCGGCCCCAGUUUUCAAGGAAAAGCUACAAGAUGUCCAUGUGGCAGAGGGGGAGAAGCUGCUACUCCAGUGCCAGGUGAUCUCUGAUCCCCCCGCCACUGUCACCUGGUCGCUGAAUGGGAAGACACUCAAGACCACAAAAUUCAUCGUCCUCGCCCAAGAAGGCUCACGAUUCUCUGUCUCCAUCGAGAAGGCACUGCCUGAGGACCGAGGUUUGUACAAGUGUGUAGCCAAGAACAGCGCUGGCCAGGCGGAGUGUUCCUGCCAAGUCACUGUGGACGAUGCUCAGACCAGUGAGAACACCAAGGCCCCGGAGAUGAAAUCCCGGAGACCCAAGAGCUCUCUUCCCCCUGUGCUAGGAACAGAGAGCGAUGCAACUGUGAAAAAGAAACCUGCCCCAAAGACACCUACAAAAGCAGCUAUGCCCCCUCAAAUCAUCCAGUUCCCCGAGGACCAGAAGGUGCGCGCAGGAGAGCCUGUGGAGCUGUUUGGGAAAGUGGCUGGGACCCAGCCCAUCACCUGCAAGUGGAUGAAGUUCCGAAAGCAGAUCCAGGAGAGCGAGCAUAUCAAGGUGGAGAACGGCGAGAGCGGCAGCAAGCUCACCAUCCUGGCCGCGCGGCAGGAGCACUGUGGCUGCUACACACUGGUGGUGGAGAACAAGCUGGGCAGCAGGCAGGCCCAAGUCAACCUCACGGUCGUGGAUAAGCCAGACCCUCCGGCUGGCACACCUUGUGCUUCUGACAUUCGGAGUUCCUCACUGACCCUGUCCUGGUAUGGCUCCUCAUAUGAUGGGGGCAGUGCUGUACAGUCCUACAACGUGGAGAUCUGGGACACAGAGGACAAGGUGUGGAAAGAGCUAGCCACGUGCCGCAGCACCUCUUUUAAUGUCCAAGACCUGCUGCCUGACCGCGAGUACAAAUUCCGAGUGCGUGCAGUCAACGUCUAUGGAACCAGUGAGCCAAGCCAGGAGUCCGAGCUCACAGCUGUGGGAGAGAAACCUGAAGAGCCAAAGGAUGAAGUGGAAGUGUCCGAUGAUGACGAAAAGGAACCUGAGGUUGAUUACCGGACAGUGACUGUUAACACUGAACAGAAAGUGUCGGAUGUGUAUGACAUUGAAGAGCGACUAGGAUCUGGGAAGUUUGGACAAGUCUUCCGACUUGUGGAAAAGAAAACUGGAAAAAUCUGGGCAGGGAAAUUUUUCAAGGCCUAUUCCGCCAAGGAGAAAGACAACAUCCGUCAGGAGAUCAGCAUCAUGAACUGCCUCCACCACCCCAAGCUGGUCCAGUGUGUGGAUGCCUUCGAAGAAAAGGCCAACAUUGUCAUGGUUCUGGAGAUCGUGUCCGGGGGUGAGCUGUUCGAGCGUAUCAUUGACGAGGACUUCGAGCUGACGGAGCGGGAGUGUAUCAAGUACAUGAGGCAGAUCUCGGAAGGGGUGGAGUACAUCCACAAGCAGGGCAUUGUGCAUCUGGACCUCAAGCCUGAGAACAUCAUGUGUGUCAACAAGACAGGCACCAGGAUCAAGCUCAUUGACUUCGGUCUGGCACGGAGACUCGAGAACGCUGGGUCUCUGAAGGUCCUCUUUGGGACCCCAGAGUUUGUGGCUCCUGAAGUGAUCAACUAUGAGCCCAUCGGCUACGCCACAGACAUGUGGAGCAUCGGGGUCAUCUGCUAUAUUCUGGUCAGCGGACUUUCCCCCUUCAUGGGUGACAAUGAUAACGAGACCUUAGCCAACGUCACCUCAGCCACCUGGGACUUCGAUGAUGAGGCGUUCGAUGAGAUCUCCGAUGACGCAAAGGAUUUCAUCAGUAACUUGCUGAAGAAAGAUAUGAAAAACCGUCUGGACUGCACCCAGUGCCUUCAGCACCCAUGGCUGAUGAAAGACACCAAGAACAUGGAGGCCAAGAAGCUGUCCAAGGACCGGAUGAAGAAAUACAUGGCAAGAAGGAAGUGGCAGAAAACGGGCAAUGCUGUGAGAGCCAUCGGGAGACUGUCCUCUAUGGCAAUGAUCUCAGGGCUCAGUGGCAGGAAAUCUUCAACAGGGUCACCAACCAGCCCAAUCAAUGCGGAGAAACUAGAGUCUGAAGACGAUGUCUCCCAAGCUUUCCUCGAGGCUGUUGCUGAGGAAAAGCCCCAUGCGAAGCCUUAUUUCUCUAAGACCAUCCGUGAUCUGGAGGUCGUGGAGGGAAGCGCUGCUAGAUUUGACUGCAAGAUUGAAGGAUACCCAGACCCUGAGGUGGUCUGGUUCAAGGAUGACCAAUCAAUCAGGGAGUCCCGCCACUUCCAAAUAGACUACGACGAAGACGGCAACUGCUCGCUCAUCAUCAGCGACGUCUGUGGGGAUGAUGACGCCAAGUACACCUGCAAGGCUGUCAACAGCCUCGGAGAAGCCACCUGCACUGCCGAGCUCAUCGUGGAGACCAUGGAGGAAGGGGAAGGGGAGGAGGGGGGCGAGGAGGAGGAGGAGGAGUGAAGCCAAGCCAAACAGAAGCAGUUCCUAAGUCAUUUUAAAAGGACCAAUUCCUUAAAGCUCAAAAAACAAAAAACAAAAAAACAAAAAAAAACAAAAAAACCCAAGCUAGAAAGGGCACCUGGUGUGGUAGAUGAUCUAGUUAGGCUAUUUGGAGGCUGAUUCGUCAGGGACGGCGGCUGAUGCCUGGGAGAUAUACUGAUGGGCAUUACUUUGAAUUAGAUAGCACCUUAAACACUAGUGCAGCUAGAUUCCAUUUGGGAGAGAUCACCAGCAACUUGUCUAACUGAUUUGAUUUUAGAGAGAAAAUAGCUAAAAGAAAUACUCACUUAGAAAAGGUCAAACAUUUCCCAGUUUAAUGCAUCCUGAAAAAUAAAGUUGUCAUCAGCCCCUUCCGCCCCCCCCCCCCCCCCCCCCCCCCCCCCCCCCAAGCCUCCUGCUGUAGCUCAACCCAGAUCCCCUGGAGAUAGAAUGUCCAGCCCCCUCCCACCCAAUCCAGAGAACCCGCCUUGUCCCAUCCUGCGGUGUCUCAUCCUGGAAGCGGUUGAGCCAAGCUGACUCAGGAGACACGUUGUCUUCCAACUCUACACUUUCAAGCUCUGCGUUGCUCUCCCCGCUCCAACUGCUGGGUUUCCUGGCUCUAAUCCUGGCCUGAGUUACAGCAAGGAGGACAUUUAUCAUGUUUCUUCCAUCCUGAAACCAGGUUCCCUGGCUUGUGGAUGACUCUGGCUGCCUUGGGGAGGAGGGUGCGGGAAGGGGGGUGUCUCCUCUCCUCUAAAAUCCUUAGGAAACUAAACUUACUCCUCUGUGCAGGAGUCUGGCUGCUCCAGACAUAUGCAUGAGAAUUCAUGAAGGAGAAAAAAAUCCAUGCUAAUGAGCUUCCCCCCCCCCCUUCUACCAGGAUUCCUAUUUGUGCUGUUAACCAACUGUCAGCCUGCAUGUGCGGUAGAGUCUUGCACCCAGGUAAAAAGCCCAGUUUGCUGAAGUGCUGGCUUUAGUUAUUUAUUGGGCACUAUGAAACUGAUGUCAGCGGGCGAGCAACUGUAGGACUCCGGGUGCUUUGGAAUCUCCUUCUAGGCAGUCUGAGUUCAAUCCAUCUUCAUUGGCAACACUCUUCAAAGAGCUUGUCCUGCCUUCUGGGGUCCCCCUUGAUCUUUCUUCCUGAAUGUGCAUCACGCUUUGUAGCCCCCCCUCCAACCUAGACCUGCUCAGUACACUCAGACUUGCAUCUUUAGCAGUUUGUUUGUUUGUUUUAAAAAAAAAAAAAAACUUUCUUUCACUUCAUUGGCACUUAAUUGUUUUUCCUUAUAAAACUUUUUGGAGGUCAAUUGUUUUUCCUUAUAAAACUUUUUGGAGGUCAUCAACAAAGACCAUAAACUGAUAUCCUAGUGUGCUUCCUCUGUGUGUGCGUGUGCGUGUGUGUGUGUCUAACAUUUCAAAUACUUUUUUUUUCUUUUCCACUGUUUGUAAAGUGCAACAAAUUAAUGUCUUAAAGGUUGUUUUAAUCGUUCCUUACAACCCGACCUUAAGCUACUUCUGUGCAGUCCCACACGGUGCCGACAUUAGAGAGCUGACAUUGCUUUGUCUUCUCAGCCUCCAUCCUUCCUUAGCUGUUUGCUGCUGCAUUGCCAGUUCUUCCCCUGUUUUGCUUCUCUUAAGCAGUUUCAAUAUCUUUCAUUAUAGUCACAAUAUUGCCACGGUUUAUUAUAAUAAAGGGGUUUUAAUUUGAUUUAGAGCAUUCAAAGUGUUUUUCAUCACUUUGUGUUUAUACUAUAAUCCUUGAGUGUAUGUUGUGUGUAUGUGUGCAUGGGUGGUUAUGCGUGUGUUCAUAGGGUAAUGCCUUCUUGGGACUGUGUUACUCUUCUCUCAGUUUAUUAUGCCAUUCAAAUGGUGGACGAGAACGCUAUGACUGUAGUUAGCUCACAAUUUUUAAAUAAAGGAUACCACAGUGCAUGGUGUUUGUUCAAUCUUU